GUACGUGGAUACUUGCUAGGUCUGUCAGAGAGACAAGCCCCGUACACAGGCCCCUCUUGGACUCCUCAAGCCCCUUCUGAUUCCGGAAAGGCCUGGUGAGAGCCUAUCCAUGGACUUCAUGGACACGCCGGUAACCAGCAAGAGCGGAAUGAGACACAUCUUUGUUAUCGUGGAUAGGUUUAGUAAGUACGCUAGGUUAGUUGCAAUGCCUGAGACAACGAAGACUGAGCAUGUAAUUAAGCUGUUCAAAGAGAAUUGGGUUAGAGAUUUCGGAUUGCCAAAGUCUAUAGUCAGUCACCGUGAUGUGCGAUUCACAAGUGAACUGUGGAAAGCCGCAGCUGUAGAACAGGGAACGCAACUGCAGAUGACAUCAGGAAACCAUCCCGAGGCGAAUGGACAAGCAGAACAGUUGAACCGCGCUGUACAACACCUGCUGAGGCAUUACAUCAAGCCAAAUCAGGUAGACUGGGAUGAGAAACUUGCUCUCAUUGCCAGCCUGUACAACAACGCGGUCCACAGCGCAACGGGCGUGAGCCCGAAUAGUCUGCUAUUAACCUUUAAGCCUAGACUGCCCUUGGAUUUCUUACUACCUGAAAACCAGCUCCCUGCUGCACCUGGGACUUUAGAGUUUGCUUAUCGAUAUGAGCAGCUGAUGCAGCAGGCUGUUGAGCAGAUGCACAAAACACAUGCGGCGAUGAUAGAGUCUGAGAACAAACACUGCCACCCAUCCACGUUUCAGGUAGGAGAGAGAGUCUGGGUCAAGUCCUCAGAACUGGGACAGGAGCACAGGAUCUCCCGCAAGCUCAUGCCAAAGUACUUUGGACCAUGGGAGAUUCUGGAUGUUGUUGGGAAUGAACCAGAUGGGCCGUCUUAUGUUGUUCGCAUUCCUGGUCACUUACGCACUUACCCAGUUUUCCACGCCUCAAAGCUUGCACCUUUUAAAGAAACAGAUCAGUUUCCAUCUUGUCCCUCAAUGCUGCCCCCAACCAUGGAUGGAGAGGUCGAUGAUAUUGUUGACCACCGGGAGAUGCCAGUUCCAAGACUAACAGGCAGAGGACGUCCUCGGAAACCGAAGCUGCAGUAUCGAGUUCGGUUCAGACAUCACACUGAUCCAAAGGAGGACAGAUGGUUCACAAGGGAGGAAGUGAUGCAGACCGCUCCACAGGUAGUUGUCCACUAUGAGAAGUCUUUACGGAAAGGAAAGCGCCCGAUUAUCGAAGACUGAACUAAAAAGAAGACUAGCGAAGUAUGGAGGAGGGAAUGUGAGGCACAAGGCCUC